AUGAAUUUCUGCUAUAAAUUUAUUUUCUUUGGUUUACUUUUAUUAUUCUCAACUGCAAUAAUAGCCUAUCCAAGUUAUCAAAAUAAUAAUCAAUAUGAACAAGAUUAUCCAAUAUUACGAAUGACUGAACCUGGCAUAUCAGAUAUGUACGAUGAUAUUGGGCAAGAAAACUAUCAAUUUAUUGAUGGUAAGAAAAAUAUCUAA